AUGGCAAAAUCGAAAUGUACCGUCUCCAAUACACCUUGCGACCGCGUCCAACACUUCGGUAUCGUGAGUAGGAUACCGGAUAGCAUGAAGAAGAAGGUUGAGAACGAUGAAUGUAUUUUAUGCGGAGGGGAGUUCGAUCUCGAGCUUGCUCGUCGACAGCAUGAAAAGUACAUCGUGACGAUGCGGAAGCUAAAAGUGAAUAUGUUUGAAUUAGAAGCGGAUGAAGAUACUCCACUAUGUUGUUUCUUAGACCGUUGCGCAAUUGUACAAGAUGGCAUUGCCGUUAUCUGUAAUAAACCCGCAAAUCGAACACAAGCAGAUAUUAACAAAGAGGUUGACGUGGUCAGAAGAGUUCUUUCAUUUGAUCUGGGACAGAAGGUUGUAGACAUGGCUGAGGUAGAGGGCGCCACACUAGACGGAGGAGAUGUGUUAUUCACAGGGAAGGAGUUCUUUGUUGGACUUUCCAAGAGGACCAACAUGAAGGGAGCACUGUUUCUUGCUGAUACAUUUUCAAACUACCCAGUCUCACCCAUCAAGCUAUCGGAUGGCUCCUUGCAUCUGAAAUCAUUCAUGAGCAUGGCUGGACCUGAGAUCAUCGCUGUAGGCUCCAGUAAAGAAGCUCAGAAAGCUCUCAAAGAGAUCGAAUGCAAAGCAACAUUCACUUACAGAAAGAUUACUCUUCCAGACGAUGGUGCAGCUAACUGUGUUUAUGUCAAUAAGACUCUCAUACAUUGCUCUCAUGAGGACUUCCCAGAAAGUGUCAAGAAAUUUGAAGAACUCUUUGGCCACACCCUGAAUCGCAUCGAGAUGCCAAACAGUGAGUUCAGUAAAGUAGAUGGCGCCCUCACAUGUCGAUCCAUACUCAUACAGAAGAAGCCCAAAGCAUGAGCUUAUAAUAAAUCCUGAAAAGAAAUUCCAAUUAUGAAAAAUCAACCAUUAAAUCUAUGUUAUUUGCUGCUGUAGAGAUCAUGUUAGUACAGGAAAUAAAAACAUUCAUAAUAUUGUGUUGCAGAAAGCAGUCUUAUUUCAGAACGUUACUAAUACUGCAAACAUUUUCAUUUGGCAGUUUUCAUGUACAAACUAAAAAGUAAGUCAUUCAGAGCUAGAUUCAUAUGUUACUGAUAUGUUUGCUGUAAUAUUUUACUUUUUGAUGCAGUGUUUUACUAUGUUUUUUAGUAGUGAAAUAGCAUGUAGUUCUCAUCUUUCCAUUUAGUUUUCUAGGCUGAUUAAACUUUGAAUGCAUAUUUGUACAUGACAUGAAUGUGAAUAAAACAUUUCCUUUGAUCUAAUGUUGCUUUGAAAUCUUGGUAGAAAUGAUGCUAGCCUGAAUUCACAUUGGAAGUAUAAACUGGAUAGGUUUUUAUCCAUUUAAGCAUAUCGUCAUUAUUGAACAGCCCGUCUAUAGUAUACAUUGUUGAAGAAGAUAUUUUAUUAUAUUACAUUCAGUGCUCAGAAUACUGAGGCUUUUUCUAAACCAUGAUAUUCUGUACUCUAAAUUGGCAACACAAUGAUAGUGACAAAUUCACUAUUUAAACAUGCAAAUUGACAACUUUUUGUUAAAAUUGUGUUAUUAUCAAACAUUUUGACUGGUGUUAUAAUCCAUAUCUUUUCUUAAUUUUUAAGACAAAUAUAAAAUUAAUGACUGUUGCCAAUUUAAGGAGAAAGAGCAGAUCAAUCUUUGAGAGCUGCGAACCUGUUUGGAUGAACCCAAACUCCCUUGUGACUUUGGGCCAAUCAUUCAUAUCGAGAAUGAUUUACUAAGAUGGACCAAGGUGUAAAUGGACCAUACUCAAAGAGAACCAAGAAGCAACUGUAAGAUGGGGAUAAUCUGACUUGUACCGCACCACCGUGACCCGAAUUCACAAAGGUGCUUUUGGAAACCAUCGGUUGAACCUAUGGUGUAUGCAGAUUUCCUGUAUAAAUGACGCUAUGCUGAUAAUCAUUUUGUCACAUUACGCCAAAUUGUCGCCUGUUGCCACGAGUCCACCGUUUUUAAUUAAUGAGUCCUCUCUUCAAAACAGUAGACUCAUGAAUGAAAUAAACCAUGAUAAACCAUGGCAACAGGCGUCUUUUUGGCACACUGACAAAUUCACGCAUCAGCAUUGGACAUUUAUAUUAUAUUGGAUGGCUCAGAAUGGAAUACCAGAAAUAUUCCAAGAGUUUGGGCAAAUAUUCCAUGAAUCGCAGAUGAGUGGAAUAUUGGCCUUAACGAGUGGAAUAUUUCUGGUAUUUUAUGAAAUAAAGCCAUCUGAUAUAAUUAUAAUCAUCUAUCCCACCCCUGGAAAUCAAAAAGAGGGAGAAAUUUAAUUAAACAAGUCAUAUCACUUAUCACAUAAUGGUAUCAUCACUUUAUAAGAUCAAAUUUGGUCGUUGACAUGUGACUUGCAUGUAGUUCAUUAUGAUGUCAUUGAGUGUCGUGCUCUUAUACUGCGCACUGGCUGCUCACCGCAUUGCUUUCAUUGUUGUACGCGUUGUAUAUUUCACGCAUUCACGCAUGCGCAUUGUACUGUUGAAUAUGCUCUCAUAUUCAUUAGCAAAUUUUGGAGCCUAUGGGAUAUUCUUUGGAUUUCGGUCAUUCUAGGGAUACGCUCUGAUAAUGCACAGGCAAUUGAUGCAGACCAAAAUACGCGUUUUUAAUGUAUGGCUGAAACGCUCUAUAUAGAUGAUAAUUUUCAAUAUACGUGGUAAAUUACUAAGUGUACUAGUAAUUUUUACACAAAAUCUGCAUAAACCAUGGGUUCAGUCAAAAGCACCUUUGUGAAUUCGAGCCUACAAGUCUCGCACCCCAUUUGAUUAAAUAGUAGGCCUAACCACUCAUGAAAUUUGACCAUUGUGGUAUCUUUUGAAAUAGAUGUUUGGUUAUUUGCACUGUCUUGUUAUUUCCACACUAUACUUUCUCAUAGUAUUAUAGAAUGUUAUGACAAUGAUUGUGUGCAAUAAGUAUGGAAAGUGUACUUGAUGUGAUGUUAAAUAAAUGAUUUAUGUGAUUGAUAUGUACAUGUGUAUAUAUACACAAUGUAUUUUAGGGGUUUUUCAAAAAGUCCACCCCUGACAAUAUAUGUACUUCCUCUUUAGCUGUAUAACACAUAGAGAAUUUUUAUACUAAACUGACAGGAAACUGUCGAAAUGCAAUUUGCAAUGUAAGUUUUAAUUUUGAAUAUAAUUUAUAGUGUUAUGUGUUGAUGAUGAUGUAUAUUCUUAGAUACUAGCAACAAGAACAAGUAAAAGAUAUUGCAAUUAUCUGAACCAUCCUACAGACGGAUGUCUCCAGUUAGUACAGUGCCGCGUACUGAUAGCCUCUGCUGUGAAAUGACUUUGAACGACCAUAAGCAAUCUAAAUUUAUGUGUUUACGUUUAUAAACUAGAUCUUUUCAUUCUCUGAUGUACGUAUAAUGAUUUAGAAAUUAAUCAGUAAGAUAUUCCAUGUCUAAAUAUUUGCAUCAAAUUCUGUUUUAUUCUGAAAUCAGAGCACUGAAUGGCACUUGGGGGAUCCCCGUAGGGAAUCAAAAACUGUAUUCCUGUGAAAUAAUGUGGAUCCAAACUGAUAAAAAACAACUGAAAUAUCUAUUAUUUAAUUCAUAAUUUCUUGCCUACCGUAAACGUGAAACUGCCUAAGUCAAAUCUCUUGGGGCUGCAGAUAUCUUAUCAGAGGUAUUGUGACUCAGUCUCAGGACUAUGAACCACAAGGUCAGGGGUUCAAAUCCCACCGCAGCACUUGCGUCCAAUGCAUUUAUCUACAUUUGCCACUCUCCACCCAGGUGUAGUAAAUAGGCACCCGGUAGGAAGAAAUUCCUUGAAUGCUCAAGCGCCUGAUAAGAGUAGCUGUGCUAAAGCCGGGUUAAUAGUAUAAGCGCUAUAUAAAUGUUUUAUUAUCAUCCAACUUGGGAGAGGUUUAAAUGUUAUCCUCAUUAAUUUGUGAGCUGCUUAAUGAUACUCAAUGUGGGAGAAUAUGCUUGAAAUAGUCUUAAGUUUUGAGAAAUACACCUAGACAUAUUUGAUUGUAGCCUAGAUCUGGACGUUAGUAGUCAUUUGUUCAGAAAUCCCUACACUCCUUCAUUGCAAAAAAAUAUAUGCACCAAUAACAUGCCUAGCCUGGUGACUUCACUCUCCCUUACGAGUGAAAAGUCAAGAGGAACAGGGGGCCAUUUCAUAAAGCUGUUCGUUAUUAAGUUAAGAACGACUGGUGAACCUGAUGAGUUGAACCAUCGCCAAUGAACAUUGUGGUGUAUACCAUUCACCACGAGGAUCACCAGUCAUUCUUAAAGUCGCUCUUAACUUAGAAACAGCAUUAUGCAACACCCAACUGGUUUAUUGUUGGUGUGUAUACUAUUUCAUAUGGUGGGCUGUUGAAUAGGCAAGUAGGUAAUCAGUGCCUCUUAAAUGCUCUGUUAUUAUUUGCGAUGAGCGAGUGCAUGUUUUUCCGAACAAAUAACUACUAAUGACCAGAGCGAGACUAGUGUGAUUGUUGCUUCAUUAAUAUCAAAAUUGUAAUUAAAAGGUGGUGUCAAUAUUUUGGUCUCUGCACAGACAGAUUUUCAUGUUUAGAACAUUGAUAAAGUACAAUUUCAUGAUGUUAACCUGCAUAACAAACUUUCUUUAGAAUCGUUUUUGUUGGCAUAGUUUGUAUUUGUAAUAUUAUAUCACAAUUUUUUUAACAAACAAAUUGCAGAAAUUCACAUACCCUAAGAAGCAGAGUAAAUCAAUUCUAAAAUUGUUUUGAAGUGUAAAGAAUGAACAUUGUUUUUAGUGUGAUAUGCAUGCAACAAGUGAAUAUUCAUGUCACAUUUAUCAUCAUCUUCCAUUUAAAUUUGUUCAUAAAAAAUGUAUCAUGGUUUAACUAUUUGUACUUCGUUUAUUGAAUAAGGAAUUCCUUCAUCCUCCUAUAAACAAUUCAUUAGUGUUCAAUUCAUAUUUUGUAUCAUCGUGAUUAUAAGGAUUUUACAAUUAGAAAACCCCUUUGAAUGUAAUAUGCAUUUUAUUGUAACCCAUACAAAAAUUGUAUUCUUGAUUUCUUAUGAUGCAAUAACUGAUGCAACUAGCCAGACAUACAAGCACUAACAAGGCAAGAUUAUAUUUCAUUUUUUUUUAAGUGGUAUUUUUACAUGUAGCAUACGAGUAGUUUUUGUAAGGACAAUCUGAAUUUUAUUACAUAAUUGUAGCUGGUUAAUUAUUCGUUGUUAACUGGUGAUGUUUUGAAUAGUAUCAUUGCAAAUGAUUAUGAUUAGUAGUUGUGAUUGAUUAAAAAAAAUAAUCCAAAUUGUCACAUCA